AACAAUCAGCAAUGUGAGGUGUGGAACCCAGUAGUAUGUGAAUCACUUGUCAGUGUCAAUAUGUUGACAUCCUAUUCUAUGCUGACUGAUCGCUAAUCCUGGCACCGAUAUUUUCUCUACUUGAGUGUGUCUAAUUGCACCCAGUCAUGCGUAAAUCCCAUCUGACGUGUGAUAGUCCUGCAGAAAAGUUGAAAUUCUUCGCGGGGACCACCCCAGGGCCAUGGCCCCUCCCCAGUCAAUCGGGGGUGAGCCAGUGCAGCUCCAGCAAGGGGGGCGCUCAUCAAGUUUCAUUUGUACAAAUUUACUAAGGAUCAUAUAUGUGGUUUUAGUGUCACAUGCUUUACAUACAAACAUAUAUAUAUAUAUUUAAAACUUAUAAAGUUCAACUAUCUUUUCCAAAUGGGUUAACAGACCAAUAGAGCCAAUGUGAUUGCUCCUAUUUUUAGUAUCUCAUAAUGUGACACAUUACUUUUAUUGCGCCAUUUUAAAAUGUUGGAAAAAACUGUUGAUUAACACGCCUGGAUUAAAUGCUUCCCAUAAACCUACCCUAUUCCUUUUCAUCUCUUCUUAUUACUGCGUGUCCAUCUGUCCAAUGGUUUCUUUUUUUUCCCGACCGCCGCCAUCCUCCCUGAAGAUUCCGCGCCGCAGUCAGGCCCGGCUGGACGCGUCGUCCUCCAAAUGGGGUUGGAGCGGACGUGUUGGCAGGAGACAAACUGACUCAGCGAGUAGUAGCUCCACAUUAACACAGUGCCGUAAUGAAGUGGAUCUAUUUAUAUUUCAUAAACGAAAUUAGCUGCGUUAAAUUAGCGCUUGACAAUGACACACUUGAUAUUCUGGGCAUGCACUGCAAAUUCAUGACAUCUUAAAAAGGUUUAUUUUCUUUUAAAUGUAGUCCAAAUAUUUUCCCCAUCUUAUUUUAUUGGCUGAUGAAUUCACUUAUUUCAAGUCAAAAGUGAAUUUAUGUAAUAUUAAUGAGAUGGAUUUUUGCAGCUAUUUUGCUACCUCUACAAGAUUCAUGAAUGUAUCUCAGUCGGUCUUAAAUCUUGUUGCCGUUUGAGACGAUUAAUGAUGCCUGUCGCUCCUUCCUGCCAAGAACACGUUUUGCCUUUGUGUUGCAAAGAACCAUCGCUUCCUCUUGACUACAGACAGAUGAAUGUGACGGAAACAAUCGCUACCGGCUAACACUCCUCCCGCCAUGUGCUCCGCAGAUAAAGGUUUCUUAACGCCGGUUGUCCAAGUGAUGUCUAUACCACCAAAAAAAAACAUGUUUCUGACGUACAAAUGUCUCGGAGCGGAUAUUACAUCUUUCCUGUAAUCACUCAUUUCUUGGCGUCGGCGCCUCGGCCAGGCGGGCCCCUGGAGAGGCUCAUCUGUCAUUCGACAUCUAAGAGGGCCCAUCUGUCUUCCCUGCAUACGCUCGCAUUUUUAUACUCUACACGUGCAGGAUGUUCACCUGUUUCGGGAAAUAUUUACUACCACCAAGGUGGGAUGAUGGAAGGCUGGGGAACGGUUAGGGUUGCCAUGGCGAUUGGGGGAAGGGCUACUAUUGUCAUCAAUGGCAGAAAGUGAGUUAAAGACAAGAGUCAUGCGCCGGAAUCCCUUUGUGGCAGAAGGCUGCUGCGGAAAAGGCACCCGUAGCGCCCUUCGGGAACUCUACGACCCCUCCCAGCCGGAGCUGUCCGGACCGGCCGUCCUCCACCAGAGCCGACGAGACCGGGUGGCCGACGCGUGUCGGGCGAACAGCGCGUCCAGCCGAAAGCGAAGAGUCCUGACGCCCGGAGAUCUCAAACAUCUGGUGGUGGACGAGGAGCACGAGCUCCUUUACUGCUACGUCCCGAAAGUGGCCUGCACCAACUGGAAGCGGGUCAUGAUGGUGCUGACGGGUCACGGGAAAUACAGCGACCCCAUGGAAAUCCCGUCCAACGAAGCCCACGUGCCGUCCAACCUGAAGACCCUGAACCAGUACAGCAUCGCCGAGAUCAACCGGCGUCUGAAGACCUACCUAAAGUUCCUGUUUGUGCGCGAGCCCUUCGAGCGUCUGGUGUCUGCCUACCGCAACAAAUUCACCCUCAAGUACAACUCGUCCUUCCACAAGCGCUUCGGCACACGCAUCGUGAGGCGCUACCGCAAGAACGCCACGGCAGAGGCGCUGGCCAACGGCGCCGACGUCACGUUCAAGGAGUUCGCCGAGUACCUGGCCGACCCGGCCACGCGCCGCGACGGCCCGCUCAACGAGCACUGGCAGACCGUCUACCAGCUGUGCCACCCGUGCCACAUCCGCUACGACCUGGUGGGCAAGUACGAAACCCUGGAGGACGACGCUAACUACGUGCUUCGGUUAGCGGGCGAGGCGCUGCGCUUCCCCAGCUACGCCAAAUCCACCCGCACCACCGACGCCAUGACGGCUCAGUUCUUCGCCAACGUCAGCACUGAGCAGCGGCAGCGGCUCUACCAGUUGUACAAGCUGGACUUCCUCAUGUUCAACUACUCCACACCCGCCUACUUGCGGCUGGAUUAGCUAGCCGGCCAACGGGCUUCGUUUAUCAAGCAAACUCGGAAGAAUGUCAAGUCGUUUUUGGCCGAAGCAGGUCUUCGGGCGGAAGGAACGAGACUCGGGCGCGCCGGAUUUCAAAACACUGGAGCUCAUCGGCGCCACCCGUGGGCUCGCCCGGAAUUCCUUCCUUAUUUUCUAGUUCACUGUCUUCAAAACAUUGCCGCGAGACGGCAAGAAUGAUUUCAACUGCUUUGUCCAUUCCAAUGAAAGAGAGCAUUUCAUUUGAUUUUCUUUUGACUGGAUGGACUUCUUGACAAGUAACACUAGUUUUAUCUUCAUUCUUCCGCUUGUAGAUGCGACGGUAAUAACAGCGCUCUCCGACAGACUUGCAGGAAAUUGUCGACGAAUCGUGGCAGCCCUGCACUCCAUCAAACUGUGACGUGCAUUACAUGCUCUUACGUGAGCAUUCUUUGCAGAUGGUAGGUCUGACACUUCUUUGUACAUUUGCAACCACUCCAGCUUCAAAGUAAAGGAUAUUAGUGUUUUUUUGCACUUGACCUUCCAAUAGAGGUCAUUAUUUUCAAUUAGCAAUGAUGUACAGAGUCAGCUCUCUCCUAUCUGAAUGAAUGUUCUUCUGAUGGAUUUGUAGGAACACCACAGUGCGAGCUGCUUCCGAGGUGGUCCAAUAUUCAGGCUUUCUUUUGAUAUUAUGCGGAGGAAGAUUAGCGCCACAGUCGAGCAAUAAAGUGAAAAUAGUCAUUGACUAGAGACAUUAAAUAACAUCAAUCAUGUUUGCUGGUCAUAGUUUAUUUGAUUUUUAAUUUAUUGUCAAAUUAUGACUUUUUUAUGUCCCCUAUUUUUGACUUUUCCUCUAGAACUCAAUCCAUGAAAUUUUGCCCCCCUUUUUUUUUACAGUGUGGCCCUAAUAUACAGUGGGGAGAACAAGUAUUUGAUACACUGCCGAUUUUGCUGGUUUUCCCACUUGCAAGCCAUGUAGA